UGUUUAACUUCAGAAACUUCCGGCAGAGAAGCAGGUGCCCACAAUGAGUUACCAACUUUACCGAAAUACAACACUGGGUAAUACUUUGCAAGAAAGUUUAGAUGAGCUGAUACAGUGUGGCCAAAUUACACCACAACUUGCACUGAAGGUCUUAUUACAGUUUGACAAGGCUAUCAAUAAUGCACUGGCCACAAGGGUAAAGAGCAAACUGACUUUCAAGGGACAUUUGAACACGUACAGAUUCUGUGAUAAUGUAUGGACCUUUGUACUCAAUGAUGUUGACUUUAGAGAGGUCACUGAAGUAGUCAAAGUGGAUAAAGUGAAAAUAGUGGCAUGUGAUGGAAAAGGAGUUGGGACUACAUGAUAGGAGGAUAAAACUAUAUCCAGGUAUUGACACAAGCAGACUUUCCACCCAAGACUCUUAAGUCUGUCAAGUCAUGUCUCAAGUGUGGUAUUUUGUCUGGAAGCUCUUUUAUAUUUUAUAAAGUACAUAUAUGGGAACGUACAGCAGUGGCCCAAUGGUUUAAUUUUGACGAUUAGAAAGUCAGGUUUUUCAUUAAUACCAUGUCAAUUUGAGGAUGUUUUAUGUUGUAAAAUUUGCAUACCAUGUACACCAUGUGAAUAUAUUCAUUGUAGCAUUUAAAGAAAUCAUAUGAAAGAUGUCAUCUCCAUCUUGAUCAUCAUGUAAAGCUUGAGUCUGAAAGUAGUCAUCAUUGGUGCCCUAAUGUUUUUUUUUACUGUAACAUUAAGUCGCUUGCGUUUAAAAUGAGAAGAAAAAAAAGAAAUUUGCAUCCAGUCAGAUAUAUUAUUGUCAAAUACUGUAGAGUAUAAUAAUUUUUUUUACUGUAAAAUAAAAAAAAAUAUCAAGUUGUACAAACCAA